AUGCAUAUCUAUCUUCACGAGAAAAAGCCGGGUGGCAUCUGCGAAGUAAAUGGCUACGUCAGGAUUGUGCUAAACGAGGCGGUUGCAGUGGCAGACAAUGCAAAUGCUGCGAACCAUGUCUGCUAUCAAUUCGUGGUCAAUAUUGGAAAGGGGACGGAUUCGGACGACCAUUCUUCUGUAUUCUGCAGUGCAUCUAUGGUAGGCGGUAGACCAGUGUGCCACAAGGAAAAAGGGGUUGUGCCGCGAUCAUCUCGCCGAUAA